AUGGUGAAAGGGGGCACAACUCCUGGUGCGUACAGCAGCACAUACAACCAAAUUGGAGUCUUUUAUCGGGCUGACCCGAUUCGCUGUUACACUAUCUUUAUCUUGCCUCCUCUUUCCUUUUCUCUCUCUCUCUCUCUCUCUCUCUCUCUCUCUCUCUCUCUCUCUCUCUCUCCCCAUCAAUCUAUUUGUACAUAUGGGAUUGUGCUUUUCAUUCAUCUACCUAUCUAUCUUAAUCAUAUCUAUUUUUUUCCCCAUAAGAAUUUAGUUUCUUUCAUUUCAUUCUUAUCUUUUUUUAUUUUUUUCUUUUCAUUUGAUAUCAUUGUUUAUAUUCAUUCAUCUAUCUAUUUCCUAUUUCUUUUUUUUUCUUUCAAAAAAAUUUUUUCUUCUUCGUUCAUUGUUUUUGCUUCUCACCUAUUAAAUUCAUCAUUCAUAAUAUCAUCUAAAACUGUUCAUAUCAUCUAUCUAUCUAUCUAUCUAUAUCUUCAUUCAUCUAUCUAUCUAUCUAUCUUUCUAUCUAUCUAUCUUCUAUCUGUUCAUCAUUCAUCUAUCUAUUCAUCUAUCUAUUCAUUCAUCUAUCUAUCUAUCUAUUCAUCUAUCUGUUCAUCUAUCUAUCUAUCUAUCUAUCUAUCUAUCAUUCAUUAUCAUCUAUUCAUUAUAUCUAUCUAUCUAUUCAUUCAUCUAUCUAUCUAUCUAUCUAUCUAUCUAUCUAUCUAUCUAUCUAUCAUUAUCUAUCUAUCUAUUCAUCUAUCUAUUCAUCAUCUAUCUUAUCUAUCUAUUCUAUUUUCUAUCAUUAAUCUUCUAUUUCAUCUAUUCAUUUAUCUAUCUAUCAUCAUCUAUCUUCAUCUAUCUAUCUAUCUAUUCAUCAUCAUUUAUCUAUCUAUCUAUCCAUUCAUCUAUCUAUCUAUCUAUUCUAUCUAUAUAUCUAUUUUCUAUCUAUCUAUCUAUCAUCUAUCUAUCUAUCUAUUCAUUAUUUCAUCUAUCUAUCUAUUUAUUCAUUUUAUCUAUCUAUCUAUCUAUCUAUCUAUCUAUCUAUUUUUUUCAUCUAUCUAUCUAUCUAUCUAUCUAUCUCUAUCUAUCUAUCUAUCUAUCUAUCUAUCUAUCUAUCUAUCUAUAUCUAUCAUUCAUUAUUCAUCUAUCUAUCUAUCUAUUUAUCAUAUCUAUCUUCUAUCUCUAUCUAUUCAUCUAUCUAUCUAUCUAUAUAUUCAUAUAUAUAUAUAUUAUCUUCUUCAUUCAUUCAUCUAUUCUAUAUUUAAUUCAUCAUCUUUUCCAUCUGUAUUCUCCAUUUUAUAUAUCCAUUUUAACAAACAUUUAUAUAUCUUCUUCAUCUAUUUCUUAAAAUAUUUUCUUUCUAUCUUUUGGUCCAUAUAUCUAUAUUUUAUAUAUAUAUCUUAUUUUAAAAUAUUUCAUGAUUCACAUUUUCUUUUUUCCUUCUUCAUCUUCCUUCUUUUUUCUUUCAAUUAA